AUGCAAUCCAUCCGUGUCCACCCACCACCCUCCGCAACACCAUAUUCCCAACCAAAUCCGACAUCUUCAAACCAGCUCCUAAUCCACAUCAAAUCAACAACCAUAAUCUGCAGCAUGCUCACAUGGCCCGAUACAUACCACCGAGUUUACAUCAUCCCAGGGCACGACUUCUCAGGCACAGUAGCAUCAAUCUCCCAAGCUUCAACAACAACCCUGAAACCCGCCGUCUUCGGCAUGACCCCCAUAGACCGCGGCUCAACAUGGUCAUCGUAUGUGCUUGUCUCAACUAACGAAGUCGUACUCAAACCAACAGGUCUCGGGUGGGAAGAGGCUGCGGAGUUACCGCUUUGCGCGCAGACGGCGUACGAGGCGCUCUUUGUGCAUGCGGGUCUUCAGCUUCCGCUUUUGGGCAGGAGCAGGAUCACCAGCAUGCUUGGCAGUUGUGAGAGCGCGUGCUUGGUACUGGCGCUGCGGGUGGUGGUGGUGGUGGUGGUGUUUUUCUCGUGCAACUUGCUGCGCAUACUGAGAUGCAUGUUGUUGCGGCUGGUGAGUCUGUUGCGAGAUUGGGACGUUUUGAUGGAGUUGGGGAUGAGGAGGUUAUUGAGUAUGCGGAGUUUGGGGGACGUCCACCAGGGUCUGUUUGAUGUUGUUGUUGAUUUGUCUGUGAAUGAGGAAGGUGUCUUGAUAUCUGUUGAUUCGGCGAGCUUUGGUUUUGUCGAGGUUCAUAAAAAGCAGUUAAAGCGUUAUUUUUUUAUUCUUGAGGGAAGUGGAGAGGUCUUGCGUGCGCGACGGCUCGAGGGAAGUUGCAGUCAUUUGUUGCAGCCAAUUUUUGCUUAUAAUUAUGUUAAUGGAAGGGCUGAUGCUCGAGGGAAGGUUGUGCUUAUAUUUUAG